CCGGCCGCGCCGGGAGCCGUGCCCCGAGCUGGAGCCGCACCUGGAGCCGCGCGCCCGCGGCCCCGAGCCGCGCAGCCGGCGCAUGGUCAACUCGCUGCUCUUCGGGGAGAUGGCCCUGGCCUUCGGCUGCCCGCCGGCCGGCGGCGGGGGCGGCCCCGGAGGGGGCCCCGGCGGCGGGGCCGGGCCGGGGCCGUCGCCCGUGACGGCGGCGCUGCGGGACGACCUGGGCUCCAACAUCCACCUCCUGAAGGGGCUCAACGUGCGCUUCCGCUGCUUCCUGGCCAAGGUGCACGAGCUGGAGCGGCGCAACCGGCUGCUGGAGAAGCAGCUGGAGCAGCAGCAGAGCGAGCGCGAGCGCCGGCUGCGCUACAAGACCUUCUCCCGCGAGCAGGCCGUGCAGACGGGGCCCGAGCUGCUGCGGCCCCCCGCCGCCCGCGGCGGCCCCCCGCUGCCCGGCGCCAACGCCAACGCCGCGGCCCCGGGCGGCCCGCAGCCGCCGCACUACGGCCGGCUGCCCGGCACCAUCUGGAGCUACACGCAGGUGCGGCGCACGGGCGGCGGCGGCGUGGAGACGGUGCAGGGCCCCGGCGUGUCGUGGGUGCACCCCGACGGUGUGGGGGUGCAGAUCGAUACCAUCACGCCCGAGAUCCGCGCGCUGUACAACGUGCUGGCCAAGGUGAAGCGCGAGCGCGACGAGUACAAGCGGAGAUGGGAGGAAGAACUGGCCAAGCGCAUGAACCUGCAGACCAUGGUGGACACGCUGCAGGAGGCAGCUCAGGAGGCUGAAGCCAUCCAGGAGGAGAUGAACGAGAAGAUCGAGCGGCUCAAAGCCGAGCUGGUGGUGUUUAAGGGGCUCAUGAGCGACCCCAUGACAGACCUGGACACAAAGAUCCAAGAAAAGGCCAUGAAGGUGGACAUGGACAUCUGCCGCCGCAUCGACAUCACGGCCAAGCUGUGCGAUGUCGCGCAGCAGCGGAACUCGGAAGACGUGUCCAAGAUCUUCCAGGUGGUCCCCAAGAAGAAGGAACGGAAGGUGGCAUCAGAGGAGGACUCGUCGGAGCAGGAGGGGGAGGUGACGAGGUUCUCAGACGACGAGGUCGGCUCCAUGAACAUCACCGACGAGAUGAAGCGCAUGUUCAACCAGCUGCGCGAGACCUUCGACUUUGACGACGACUGUGACAGCCUGACGUGGGAGGAGAACGAGGACACGCUGCUGCUCUGGGAGGACUUCACCAACUGCAACCCGUCCAUCGAGCUGCAAGGCGAGCAGGAGGAGAACCUGGGCAACUUGAUCCACGAGACGGAAUCCUUCUUCAAGACGAGAGACAAAGAGUACCAGGAGACCAUAGGCCAGAUCGAGCUGGAGCUGGCCACGGCCAAGAGCGACAUGAACCGGCACUUGCACGAGUACAUGGAGAUGUGCAGCAUGAAGCGGGGCCUGGACGUGCAGAUGGAGACCUGCCGGCGCCUCAUCAAGGGCUCCGCAGACAGGAACUCGCCCUCCCCCAGCUCCGUGGCCAGCAGCGACUCGGGAAGCACAGACGAGAUCCAGGACGAGUUUGAGCGGGAGGCAGAUGUGGAGCCCAUGGUCAGCUGAUGAUGGACGCGCCCUCCGUGCCCAGGGGCCUUGGCGACCGGGCCUCUGGCCCUCUCCCCGGGGGGCCAGGACGGCUUCUACAAGUGGGGCGCCAGUGUCCACCCCACAGACUGCUCUGUCCGCCUUCUCUGGAGGCUGAAGGACCGCUGCUUCCUUCUUUCCUUCCUUCCACCCACCGCCAGCCAGUGUCCCUUCUCCGUCCCUCCCCUCCCCCCCAAGGAAUGGUGCUGUCAAUUUCUAAUCUCCACAUCACAGAUGCUGACUUCUGUCGGGACGAUGCAGUGGGGACUGUGCCUUUUCCCUUAAGCUGAGCCACGUUGAGCUCCAAAGAAUUAUUCCUAACAGGUGUUUUUAUACAGAACUCUAAGGCAGGGGGACCCCUGAGCUUGGCAUGAUUUUGGUUUUCGACCCUCCCACUUGCUCUUCUGAUUGGCCGUGAGCUCUGCCCUCCCCCCCUUCCUCUGCCAGCCGGCUCCCAAGGAGCUGAGAGUUUGGGGUGGUCCGCUGCCGCCCCCCCCCCCCCGCCCCCAGCCCGGGCCGGAGCUGUUUGCUUCUACAACCUUUCAGUGCCUGGGUGGGGAUCGCUCAGGUAUUUGAGGAAGAAGAGACGGGAGGAACGGAGGGAAGACAAAUUCUUCUUUUCUUUUUGGAUUGAGUGGCACAGCAGCGGAGGGACAAGGCACUGGGGGGGAAAGGUGGAGCCUCACUGUGUUCAAACUACUAUGCAAAAACAAAAACAAAACAAACAAAAAAAACCCCAAGCAAACAAAAGCUGCUCGCCUUAUCUCACGGUUGGGGGCAGGCUUUCUCCCAGAGGGCUGCAAGGGGAGACAGUGCUAGGGUGAUGCUCUGGGACCCGGACUCGGGGGAGGUGGGGUUCUCUCUAGUACGGUUAGUGGCCAGGCCUGGGUCCUGGGAGGCCCUUCGCCUGCCCACCUUUGUGGUUCCCCAGGGAGGCGGGGGUGUGGGCCGGGGGUGUCUUUGCCACAGUGACUUGAUGGUUUUCUCUGCCCCAGCUGACAAUCCAGGUUCUAGCUCUUCAUGUCUCUGUGAGCAGGUGUCCAGGCCUGGUCCCCGCCCCCUGCUGCGGUCGGGCCAGGUUGGUGGUCGGUGUUGGCCUGCCGCUGGCUGUGCUGGUUGGACACUGUCCUUCUCCCCGGCCCCGCCCCCUCUGUGGACACUAGCUGGUGUAAGAAGGGGGUGGGGGCGUGGGCUGGUAAGGGUUGCUGGCGGGCUGGAGCUGGGGCAGCUGCAGCUCGAGGGCCAGCCUGGUUCUGCUCUGGACCCAGGAUAGCCUCUUCCCAUAGCGCACUUGGUGGACCACUUGGGGGCUCAUCUGAGCCAGUAUCUCCCCAAGACUUGAGUGCACCUGAGUCGAAGGGCACUGGGGUGAGACCACCUGCCCAGUCUCAGCAUGGAGCUGGCCUUUGUUUUUUUUCCUUUUUUUCUUUCUCUCUUCCUUCCCUCCUCUCCUUCCCUCCUCUCCUUCCUUCCUUC